AUGAAGGUUGACAACCAAAUAGAGGAAAUACAUAAAUAUGAAGAUUUCCUCGAGAAUGUUCUACAAAAAGAUCUUGAAAAGCUUUUAAAGCAGAAAGAAGAGAUUUUGGUUAAGAUCCAGGAAAUUCAAAAACUUGAGAGAAAUGUUUCAAUCUUUAAAGAAAUGAAUUUAAGUGAACUGAAUACACGAACUAAUCUUGGAUGUGACGUUUAUGUUGAUACUCUUAUGUAA